CCCUUCCAUUCCUCACCAUAUAAACCAAUUCUACCCUGAAACAAACAAUGUCGCCCUCACAAAUAUCAGACUAUGCCCUCCUCCCCAUAACCAUCCCGCCAAUACCAUCCUACCCCCACCAAACAACCCACACCCUCUACCUCCGCCCACACGCCCCGAAAAUCCCCACCCCAAACGACGCACGCAGCCUCUUCCUCGUCAAUCUCCCUAUCGACAGCACCACCGCCUCUCUCCGCUCCCUCUUCACAUCCCUCGUCGGCGCGGGGAAAUUCGAAGACUGCUCUUUCGAGCACGAGCGCGUGCGCAAACCUCUACCUGCGCCCGCGAACGGGAGUAAGAAAAGGAAGCGCGCAGACGACGACACAGAAGAGGAAAUCGAGCUACCGAGAACAUGGGACAGAGAUCUAAGACGAAGUGGCAGUUCAGCCGUUGUGCUGUUGGUAGAUGAGAAGAGCGUUGAAUUGGUAUUAAAAACUGUGCGAAAACUGCAUAAAAAAGGCAGAGGGGGAUGGCCAGUCUGGGAAUCCGAGGGGAGUACGGGGAGUCAACGGUACAGACUCCAUCACACGCUCUCGUUCCCGGAUCCGAAAAUUUUACAAGCGAAUAUCGAUACCUUCAUGUCUGCUUUCAACGACAGAGAAGAGAGCAGGAAAAGGGAAGAGAGGAAAGGGAGACAGGUGCCGGAUGAAGAUGGGUUUGUGACCGUGAUGAGAGGGGGUCGGACCGGGCCUGCGAGAGCAGAGGAGGUGGAGAGGAAGAGGGCGGAGAUGGAGGAGAGGGAACGGAAGAAGAGGGGCGAGAUGGGCGAUUUUUAUAGGUUCCAGAUGAGGGAGCGCAGGAAGGAGGUCCAGGGGGAGAUGGUGAGGCGGUUUGAGGAGGAUAGGAGGAGGGUGGAGGGGAUGAGGAGGGAGAGGGGGAGAUUUAGGCCUGAGAGUUGAGCUUAUAGGGGCCUGAAAGACGUUCGACUAGUCGUAUGCGAAGACAUCCCUUUUUGCUCCCUGAGCAGUCACUCUUGCCUGUAUAUAGCAGUCAUCAGGAUUCAUU